CCCAAAAACGGAAAACAGAUUACAGAUACAGAGCCCAAAAAAAGGGGAUCGUUCUGUUAACACCCGCUUGCCUAGUACGAACUACGAAGAAAUAGAGUGUUGAAAUUAAAUAAAAUAAAAUAAACAGGCAUAUGAAAUGAAAUCGUGAAUGAUUGAUCCGCCGUGGCUUAAGGAGCUGCCCAAAUCUUAAUGGAUGAGCUCUCACUCUUUUUUCACUCUUUCUAUUUACUCAUAAUACCAUUUAUUUUAGUAUUUUCAGGCCAAGCUGCAGAAACAAAUCUAAUCUGAUCAAAAAGAAAAAAGCCUCGUUUCGCCAUCACCGCAAUCACAAUGAUUCACUUUGUCAUUCUCAAUAAUAGGCAAGGAAAGGUUAGGCUGACGAAAUGGUAUUCAACUUAUUCUCAAAAGGAAAGAUCCAAGUGAUAUGCAGUUAUUAAAUUCUUAAAAUGUUACAAUCUAUGGGUGCACACUUUGUAAAGGUAAUUCGAGAACUCACUGGCAUUAUACUGAGUCGGGGCCCCAAGCUUUGUAACUUUGUGGAGUGGAGGGGACUUAAAGUUGUCUAUAAACGUUACGCCGGCCUCUAUUUCAGUAUGUGCAUUGACCAGGAUGACAAUGAACUGGAGACCCUUGAUAUAAUUCACCAUUAUGUUGAGAUGCUGGACCGCUAUUUUCUCAAUGUCUGUGAGCUGGACUUGAUCUAUAAUUUUCACAAGGCUUAUUAUAUACUGGAUGAGCUCUUGCUUGCUGGGGAGCUUCAAGAGUCAAGCAGGAGAACAAUUGCAAGGCUGGUAGCUGCACAGGAUUCAUUAGUAGAGACUGCUCGAGAGCAGGCCAGUUUACUAGGGGAUUUGGUCAAGCAGGCCAUGUGAUCAGGCAGGCCACCAAAUCGACAAAUGGUUUUAUAUCUACACUUGUGGAAAAUAAUCAAAAUAUACAAUCUCGAGCAACCUCUUAUGGUAACUCUUACUCUUUUCAGUGACUGAUGAACACAAGUUUCCUAAAUGAUAGUGGCACUGUGUAUGUGAUUUCUGCAUUCGAAUGUUACUUGGUGCAUGCUCCCCUCCUCCUUCCCCCGCCAAAAUCAAACGGUGUGAGGGAAAGUGUGCCGGCAUUUAGCACAACAGAGUACUGUACUUUUUUCCUUUUUAUCUAUUGAAUAAUCUAGAUGCUUCUACUUCAUGCUGCGAUCUGCAGCUAACAAUGGGUCACCAUGAAAAGGGGAUGACUAGUGUUCUAUGUAUCCUCAGCCAUUUAAGCAUUGUCUCAUGGAAUAAUGCUACUGACAAUAAUUUUCACAACAUUUAGUUAAUAAAUUUUUAUUGGUUCUUAUUUGAGCCCACUUA